CUCAAUUAUGAUCGCUUGCAUCUGCAGAUACUAUCAUGGAAGCUGACGUAGGCUAACAAAGGUACCGUCACCUGUCAACACCGUGCAAGAUACUGGAGGUAACUGCAUCCCAUGCUGAUGCACACAGCCGCGCAACCAAAUGCAUUACAGCCUCUGCUGAAGGCCAUGCUUUUAUCGACGCACGGAGGGGCUUCGCUGCCCGUAAAGACGCCUGCCGUCCAUACCAGCGCAGUAUGGCGAUCAGACAUCCACAAGACAGGCACCGAACGCGGUGUAUGGCUUGAUAAUUAGUAUAAACAGCAUUCAGUCGUUCAGUGUCUAGCAGAGCCUGAACAUGACUCACACGUCAAACGCGGCAUGCAUAGCACGGGACGUUCGGUAGAACCUGCUGUAACAUCGUAAUAUGCCUUUUCGAUGGCAAAUAAUGAGAGCACAUUCAGCUUCCUGAGAACGGCGGACCCAAUUACCGGUACCCGUACGAGGUUGGGCCCGUUAUCGCUUCACGUGUUCGGCUCCGGAAGAAACGGUAGAGCUAUGCCAGCAAUGUACAUUAGGCCUAUUGGAGUUUCUCCCUCUAAGGAAAACUGAAGCCUACGUAGGCGAGCAUGGCUGUCGUCAUUGCAAGCGUUUCUAGGGACAGCGAGUUGGCUGCACUGCGGCUGCAGGAAGAGGAAUUACAAGCACAGCAAGACGCCUUAUUUGCAGAGCAGCUGGCAUUUUCAUUCGCUUUAGAGGAGGACGCUGCCGACUUUCAGCAGACCAGCGAUGCAGCCAUCCAGGUGCAAAAGCAGCGUGAUGAGCUCAGAACUAAGAUGGAUGAGCUUCUUGCAUUAUCAUUACAGGAAAUUCUUUCAGAGCAGGAGAAGUUGGCUUGCGACGGGCAGCGCGUUGCGGAUGCAGAGGACCAACUGCAGCGAUGGAACGCCCGGAUAGCCCAACAUGACAGAGCGUUUGCGCGCAAGCUGGCUAGCACAGACGAGGACACAUGGGAAGAGAUUGGCGACGCCCUUGAGGAACCGCUAGACCUGCCCCCGCCACCCCAUUUGCCGACCUGCCAAGAUGAUGAUGCAGCAGUCCAUUGCUCUGGAAGCGCUGCUGCUGUUCCGCAGCCAUCGCGCAGUGGAUUCACCUGCACAUCGCAACCUACCGCAUACCAAGAAUCUCAAUCACAAUACUCCAGGAGCCGCGGGCCUUCGUUCCCAUCGCAGCCAUGCGCGUCCAUCCCACAAGCCCCACAAGCGACCGCACCCGGGAGCAAAGCCAGCUCAGUCAACGCUUCUGCGCCUUCGUCAUUACCAAUACCCUCAACCUCAGCGAGCUCUGGAAAGCAAGCCGUUGCCGCUCCCAAAGCCGCAACAGCCACCUGCCAGAGCUGCUACGAUGAUGUUCCGCUGCAAGACCUCAUGUGCGCGGGUUCCGACGGCGCCUCCUCGAGCACCGCCGCUGCCGGCUGCGGCCACUACUUCUGCACUCCCUGCAUGACCGAGUACGUGCGCGGUGCGGUGAAGGAGCGCAAGUACCCCGUGCCCUGCCCCAUGGCAGCCGCGGGAGGAGGCGGAGGGGCGGCAGCAAGAGGCGGUGGGGGUGCGGGGGGACGAGGAGGAGGAGGCGGCGGCACGGGCUGCAGUGCCAAGUUGUCCCGGGAGGAGGUGUUGGGCCUGCUGGAGGCGUUUCCCGCGGAGCAGCAGACCUUCCGCCAGCUGGAGGCGCUCUCCGCGCUGGACCCCGACCUCCUCAUCUACUGCCCACACAAGGACUGCUCCAGCCCGCUGCUGCGACCCACGGGUCACGACGACGAAUGGGACGCGGAAUGGCUGCCACCGGACGAGCCGAUGCAGUGCCCGGCGUGCAAGCGGGCGCUGUGCCCGCGCUGCCUCAUACCGGGAUGGCACAAGGGCUACACCUGUGCUCAAUUCCAGCAGCUGCCGCCCCACCAGCGGUCCGCUGAGGACGCUGCCGCGCUGCUCUUUUCCGCAAAGCAGCAGUGGAAGCAAUGCCCCAGCUGCAAGCAAAUGGUGGAGCGCAGCGAGGGCUGCAACCACAUGAGGUGCCGCUGCGGCUGCGACUUCUGCUACGCAUGCGGCAAGGCGUAUCGCGACAGCAGCCCCACGGCGGAUAACCAGCACGGCACCCCGGCAUGUGGCUGCUCGCUGUUCGAUGUGCCGGAGGAGCGGCCGCGGCCGGUGCGUGGCGGCCGCAAGGUGAGUCGCACUCGGUGCCGCAACUCGGCGUCCAUCCACGAUUGCCCGAAUGGCGUGGACCGCUGCUGGUUCUGGCAUGCUGAGGACGAUGAGGUGGCGUAGGCGGGAUUGAGUGGGGUGGGGGUGGGUGGGGCUGCUGGUUGGCUCUACUGCUGGCUGUAGGAAGCUGAGGGGCUGAGCAGUGGGCUUUGAUUGCGUGGUAGGGGUUGCUUGCACUGAGUCCUGCGAUGCACGCAACAUGCAUGCAUGCACUGCGGCAUGCAAACCCGUUUGCACGAGCCACUGCCCCGCGCUAGCAGCUGGGUUCAGGGGGUAGUGUGUUUGCCUGCCGGGCAGAGUGUUUGAGUUGCUAAGCGGGAUGUGUACAGUAUGAAUGCUUGGUACCCUACUGCUUAGUGCACCAAGGCUAUUGGUGUGUAUGCGUGUCUGGAAGAGUGUUGGCAGGAUGGUAGGGACGAUAGGCGGCCGUUCCUGUAUUUCGCUUCCGGCUUCAAAGUAUUCGGAUUGGACCUUGCGGGGGGUUGCCUUUGUUGCUUUACUCGUUGCAUGGCUCAAGAGCGGAGUCUGUAUGCCCUGCGGUCGCGGACCCUGCGGCAUAAUUGGACUAAUGAAGCUAGGCUUGUGAAAGUCGGCUUCGAUUUCUAUUGCAUUCUGGCUGUAUAGUACAAAGUGGUGGGUUGGCGCUUGGGGUUAGGUGCGCAAUAGGUGGCAUCCUACGCUGUUCGCGCAAUCGCCAACGCGGGCAGUUGAACCGCCGGCGUUAGGUAACGCUUCCAAUUACCAAGCGCUGAUGUACUACAGAGUUUUCCUGGCUUGCCCAGUCAACAUAGAACCUUUAAGUUGGCGAGAGUAGCGUGUCGUAGUUGCUUUCAGGUUUCCCAUUGGUUAUCUUUGGUUGCUUGCACGCACGCACCGACUGCCGGCGGUUAGUUCCGGCCUGCGUAGUGAGCUGUCCUCUCGUAUCCUUGUUUAACAUAUCUGUAAAGGAUAGUGGCGUACAUUCCUUACAAGUUUUGGUGAAGUUGUGGCUCCAUAACUUCCCUAUCGCGAAUGGAUGGGCUCAGACUGCAUUGCUCUACGCAACAAGGAACAACCUUUGUCAGGCGAGUCAAGGAUUGCGAGGAUGAGCUUUCGAGCACUUAUCUCAAAAUGUUUCGGCCUGACGGGCUGUGCCGCUUGCUCGUGUAUGUAAUGUAUGCUUGCAUCGUCCUCCAUUGAUGGACUGGUGCUUCCCGCUGCAACUACAGUCCCACGCGCACAUUCCGCUCAUCAACACCCUUCCGAACGCUGCUUCAAAUCUCGGCACCUGUUACACGGCGCCUUACCGUCGCAGCUUGCGCAUUGCCGGUGGCUCGCAAGCGUGGGAGGCCCAGAGUCACCAGGAGCCCGGAUAGCCAACCCGACCUAGCGGCUCCCUGUACCAGCGCUACUAGCACAGGGCCGGAUUCUGUAGUAGACGGACGCAGCGAGCCAGCGCCAGCCGCAGCAGAUGCCGGCACAGACCUUAAGGUCGCGUCUGAAGUACACGACCCUAACGGACUCCAACCCAGCAGUCAUG